AUGGCAAUAUUUGUCGUAGUGGCGGUUAUGAGCAUCUUCCUCGGGCCAUUCUACUUCAUAUACAAACCGCCGUCCUUUCUUAUACGCUAUUUCCAAAGCCGAUGGCCAGAUGUCCUCUGGCACGUCCCGACGGCUUCGAAAACAAUUGCUCUCACGAUCGACGAUGGGCCAUCGGAAUACACACGCGCGAUAAUGCAGGUCCUCAAAGCCAACGAUGUCAAUGCAACAUUUUUUAUAAUCGGGUCGCACGUUGAUGGCCACGAGAAGGUGUUGGAGGAUUUAGUACGCGAUGGGAACGAGUUGGGGAAUCACGCCAUGUACGAUGAGCCUUCGAAGUCUUUGACAGAUGGCGUUCUCAUCGAACAGAUCGAAACCGUGAAGGAGAUGAUUCAUGACGUGUAUACCGCUGUUGGCGUGGACGAACCCACGGAUUAUUUUAGACCCGGCUCAGGUUUCUUCUCCCAAAGGAUGCGCACCGUUUUGCAAAAGUUGGGAUACCGAAUGGUUCUUGGGAGUAUCUAUCCGCAUGACCCGCAGAUUCCCUUUUGGCGUAUCAAUUCGGCUCAUAUACUUAGUAUGCUGCAGCCGGGAGGUAUCAUCAUCUGCCAUGACAAGAGGAGCUGGACGGUUCCUAUGCUACAAAAAGUCCUUCCUGAGAUCAAGCGCAGAGGCUACCGUGUGGUUACUGUCACUGAACUCUUGAAGGAGACUAGGGGAUAA